AGCUGAAUAUCUGCCUUCUGGGGUGGACGUAUCUUAAAUCUUUCAGAAGAGAAUUCCGAUCGGCAAUAGCACAUUCCGACGCGAGGAUGUCGUCUUUUUUGCAGACAUUUCUGGACCCAAAGAAGAACUGGUUUGCAGCUCAGCACAUGAAAACCCUAUCCAAACGCCUCCGCAAAUACGGGCUUCGAUACGACGAUCUGCACGAUCCGUACUACGAUCUUGAUGUGAAGGAGGCACUGAAUCGGCUGCCAAGGGAGAUAGUGGACGCGCGCAAUCAGCGACUCAAGCGCGCCAUGGACCUCUCCAUGAAGCACGAGUACCUCCCAGAGAACCUUCAGGCAAUGCAAACGCCAUUCAGGAGCUACCUUCAAGAGAUGCUAGACCUUGUAAGUGGAGAUGAAAAAUAUAAAAUGAGAUUUAUGGAACUUACAUGCUUUGCUGAUCAUGUCACUCUCUUUUGCUGGGAUUAUCUCCCUAACAUCCUUAUCUCAUGAUUCUUGUUGUAUUGCUAACAAAUGGAGAUGGCGGCAGGUUUGAACCUUUACUGAUCAAGAAAGUAAGAAGAAAGGCUUCCAAAAUAUCUAUAACCUCAAUGGGACUGCUGUUAUUGAGUUUGGCAUGUUCUUUCUCGCACAUUUUCAGAGCAUCUACUCCUCCUUUUUUAACUGCAUGUUUGUCUAGGUCUAGGCUAUGUUUUCUUUAUUUCAAUGGAAAAUCAAAUAAGGUAUUGGAUCAAAUAUGCAUAGGAUGUCCAUAACUCAUUAUGGUGGCAUGUUCCUACCAAUGAAUUGGUGGACAGUAUGGGAUGAAUUUCUUGGUAAUUACCGUAUUUUUAAAUUUACUGAUAUAAAGUCACCUGUUAGGUUCAGUUUAGUGUUCAAAGGGUGGGUCUGAAGGCCCUUGCCUUGGUAAGGUGCCACAUCAUUAAAACAAAUACUGGUAAAGCUUAUAAAGUUCGUCCUCCAAAAGGUCAGGUAAAAAAAAUUGUGUAGAUUACCAAUAAAGAUUACUUAUUUCAAGAAUUUCUUAUUUAAGUGAACAAAACAAUGAAAUGGUUUGGGUGGAAGGUAGCAUAAUCAAACAGAAGUCUUCCAGUCAAGAUAUCUAAACAUGACAUCAAACAUUUCAAAAAAGCAAUAGAUAAGGUUGAAAUAUAUGAUCAAAUGACUUGCUUCAUGUUUUGCAGGUGAAAAGAGAGAAGGCUGAACGUGAAGCUUUGGGAGCUUUACCUUUCUAUCAGCGUACCAUUCCCUGAGCAUCUUCGUUCCUCAUAUCAGUAUGCUUGACCAGAGUAGAAGUCUUUAUGAUAUUAUGUUGGUACGGGCGGUAAAUUCUUUUUGUAGUAGGAAUGGGAGAUGGUCUACGUCCCUGUUUCAGAAUUGGAUUUCCAAAAUUUUGGUAUUUGAAUGGCAUCAAUUGUUCAUUCUCAUGUACUGGCUGGCCUUUUAUCUCUAUAAUUGAGUAUAACACGGUAACACUGCUUAUUUUGUGUUGAUGAAAAUACAAUAAACCUGUUUCGAUGGUAAA